AUGGAAGAGGAACUCGCCACAUACAAGCUUCAAUUGCAGCAGGUUCGUUCAUUUUCAUCCAUCAAAAAAAAAAAAAGCAAACCCGAGCAAAGUAGCUGCCAAGCGGUUAUUUCCUAGCUUUUGAUCAACGUGGGCUGUAUAGUUUUUUGAGCGGCUACCUGGGUGCUUACUGUUUUUUGAAUCUUUUUCAACCCUAGCGAAUCGCCAGGAUUUGGACCCUAGACAAACGUUCUCCAAAAUCGCUGGUUUGAGACAUAUACCUGUUACAUAGCCGCUAUCAAACACAGUCGAAUAGGUAUCGGCUAUAAAGCCGCAUCGAUUUCUGUGUUUGGUAGAAAAAAGAUUGUCUUCUGCAGGUGGAAGCAGCGCUUCUGGGAGAUCCAAACAACGAAGAACUUCACAAGUUGCAAGCCGAUUUGCAGGAAAUCAUCGCGUUACAAGUUUAUUUUUCGUACUGAGUGAAUGUAAUCGGAAAACUUAGGAAGAAUUGCAAGCUCGUGAAGCUGAAGCCACUUCUCAAAACGGGGUCGUUCAGCCACAAGUCAUCCAUCAGUGGACGGUGAGUUGUCAUCACGAUAAAAGUCAUAACGAUAAAAUUGAAAAUGAAUACUUUGAAGGUAGGAGAGCGAGUUUUGGCUCCAACAGUAAGUGGGAACCGCGUUUUUGCCAGAAUCGACAGUUUGACUCCGGCUGGUGUUGCCAUCACAUUUGUCGGUAUGUUACUUCUUUUUUUCGAAAAAAAAAGUAGAAACUAAUUCAUAUUUCAAUGUAGUUUAAAUUUUCCAAUGAUUUUAUUCUUUAUUAUCUCCCCGAAAGAUUUUUUUCAAUGAAGUUUACAAUGUUUUUUUAGGAUGUAAUGAAGAAGUUAUUAUUUUUUAUAUUUUAGGGACUGGUCAGAAGACGAUUGUCAAUGAAAAAGAUUUGCAACUGCCGCCUGAAAACCAGCGAAAAAACUACGCCGAAGAUAAUCAGAGGGCCGCCGGCGCCUCUAACAACGUCAAUAAGAAGGAAUGGAUGGUCAGUGAAGAUUUUUUAUUUGAGGAUUUGAAGUAUAUAUCAUUUUCGCGUAUUUCGGAAUUCCUAAAUAUCAGGGUUUUCUCUUUUUUUUUUUCAUAAGUUAGGUGACUUAUGUCUUUUGAUACUUCUUUUUCUCUUAUCCUUUAUUUCUUGUUUCGCAAAUCUUAUAAAUCUUGAAAUGUUUGAAAAAAAACAGGAAAUAUAAAAUAGAGUAUAACAUAACAGGCUGAACGAGAGCGACGCCGUGCUCGCGCUCAGAAGAAAGACGCGCGGAGAAAAGAGCUCGAAAACCAGAAGGACAGCGAAAAACGCAGUUGGCAGAAGUUCAACGACAAAGCCAGUUCAAAGGGCCUCAAGGUAUCGAGAAACGGGUUUCAAUACUGUUGUGGUUAUUCAGGGUUUGAAACGCGUUUCGGCUACUGGAACUUCUCAAGAUGGAUCCUCUGCUUACGGUUAGUUAAUAGAUUUUUGAAUGAAUACUCUAGGUUUCAUGAUAUCAAAAAACCUGAGAAAAUACGAAGAUAAUAUUUAUAAAAAAAUGAAUUCUAUUUGUUUUAAAAUUAUCUUUCACUUGCAGAAGAAAUUAGUUUUUACUAUUUUUCCAUUCAUUCUCCGGAUAUCCAAUUCUGAUUGGUUUCAGGGCUUUUCUCAAACUUUAUUGAGGUCUUUUCAAAUCCUUUGAAACCGUUUUUUCUAGGUGUGAAACGGGAUACUGUCAUUUCUUCGCGCAGCAACCAAUUUGCCUUCAAAUCGGUCCGCGGCGCAAUGGAUUCUCUCUUUUGA